GUCAGAUCCUCUAGGGGUCGCUCAGGACCAUUUGAGUAAACAUGGCUGCCCAGGAUGAACUCAAUCAACUGGAGCGCGUGUUUCUUCGCCUGGGACACGCAGAGACAGAUGAGCAGCUUCAGGAUAUUAUCUCUAAGUUCCUCCCUCCUGUUCUGCUUAAACUCUCCAGUGUUCAAGAGGGAGUUCGAAAGAAAGUAAUGGAGCUAUUGGUGCACUUAAAUAAGAGAAUUAAAAGCCGACGUAAAGUACAACUCCCCGUGGAAACUCUGCUGGUCCAGUAUCAAGAUCCUGCAGCUGCUUCCUUUGUCACUAAUUUUACCAUUAUUUAUAUAAAAAUGGGAUAUCCUCGCUUGGAAGUAGAUAAACAGUGUGAAAUGGCACCUACUCUGUUCACUGCCAUGGAAGGAAAACCACAACCACAGCAGGACAGCCUUAUGCACCUCCUGAUCCCUACUCUUUACCACAUGAAGUAUGCUGCUGACACGACCAAAAGUGGGUCUCCUUUUAACCUGACAGAAAGGCCAAAGACCGUACAGCUGCUGCUGGAGUUCAUGUUGGACGUUUUACUAAUGCCUUAUGGGUUUGUGCUGAAUGAAUCUCCAACUCGUCCAUCUCCGUCUGCAUCCCAAGGCGGGUCAGAAGAUGGAACAGUGGCCAGUACAGGCCAGGGUCUUCCACAACCGCCUCCAGGAAUGAGUGUGUAUGCAGCCAAGAGAGUCAUUGGAGAAUCCCAGUGGAGCGCAGAGCAACUAGAACAGUGUAAACUAGGUAUAGUGAAAUUUAUUGAAGCAAAGCAAGUUCCAGAAGUGGAGACUGUUGUGCAUUUGGUGAUAGCAUCUAGUGAUACAAGACACAGUGUUGCGACAGCCGCAGACUUGGAGCUGAAAAGCAAGCAAAGCUUAAUUGAUUGGAACAAUCCUCUAAUAAUCAAUAAGAUGUACAAGGUGUAUUUGGGUGAUGUUCCACUUAAAACAAAGGGUGGGGCUUUAAAGCAAGAACUAAAACAUGAACCUGUGAGCACCAGAGUGAAACUGAAGAUCCUGCCUCAUUUUCUCCGAUCACGAUUUGCCGCUGAGUGCUUUCCUGCCAAUAUCCAGGUAGUUUAUGAUGGUCUCUUUGGAGCUAACACCAACAACAAACUGAUGUCUCUCACGCUUCAGUUUGUCCACCACAUCUGCAUGGUGUGCCCUGACACAAAUAAACCAUUGGGACUAAUGCUGCUUAAUGGUCUGACCAAACUCAUCAAUGAAUACAAGGAGGAUCCCAAAUUAUUAUGUGUCGCAUACUCAGCUGUUGGGAAACUUUCAAGCCGAAUGCCGCAGCUUUUCGCAAAGGACAUCGCUCUUGUUCAACAGUUCUUUGAGUCAAUGUGUAAGGAAGAACCGGAUGUGCGUCUAGCCAUUCAGGAGGCUUUAUCUAUGAUGGUUGGUGCCUUUGUGAACUUGCAGGGAGCACAGUUAAAACUGAUGGAAGCUCUAGUUGCUGCUUACAUUGUAAAGCCUGAAGUGCAAGUUCGCCAGGUAGCCAUGAAGUUUGCCAGCACUGUGUUUGCAGCGGAUCAUGUGCCAUCAAGAUACCUUCUACUGCUUGCUGCUGGUGACCCGAGGGAAGAGGUAUCCGGAGAGGCCCAAAGGGUUCUAAGGAAUAUUCCUGGUAAGCUCUCAGAAAAAGAAGGCCCAAAAUCGAUGCCCUCCUUUCCAGACAUGGUCGCAUACGUCCAGGAAAAGGCUGCUCAGAGGAUUAAAACUCCAGCUAAGUACAGUGUUGGGACAUCAACUCUCCCCUUUAAUCCAUCAGCGUUUGCAGAGAUCAUUUUGUACUUGAGGAUGUGUCUGGCUCACAGUGCAGGCGUCACACCGGCUUCUGCUCGUCUGGCAGAAAUGCAGGAUGAUGCCCCGGCCAUUGGCUGCUAUGUACAAACUCUACUGUCCUCUGAGGCUCAGCCCAUCAAGGACACUGAGGUUAAUCCAGUGCACAUUUAUAUAGAUUUGCUACAACAGUUGCUGAGUGCUGUUGGAGGUAUUCCUGUCAUGUAUUGUCUACUGGAAGUUGUGUCUGUCUGCCCAGAGAAGUUGGCCCCUAGAUUUGUUGAUAAAAUUGACUGGAUAAAAAGCUUGAUGAACACUAACAAAGAGGACAUGAGGGAGCUUGCGGCACAGCUCUAUGCUGUUGUGGUUUCCACCAUGACUGGUAAUGAACUACAGGCUGCUGUACAUAAUCUUGUCAAGAUUACCAAAGAUAACCAUAGUCCUGAGACUCAGCAUGGGGCAAUUCUAGCUCUUGGUUUUAUGGUUGGACGCUAUAUGAGCAAAAAGAAAUCUGGGCAGCAGCUAAGCAUUACUCUCCAAGACAAUGAUGACCUUGUGUCAUUGGCUACUAAGACAAUUGGUUCCUUUCUGGACAACACUAGCCCACUGUUGACAGUAGCUGCCUGCACAGCUCUGGGCGAAGUCGGACGUAAUGGAGCCCUUCUAAUUCCUGCUGAAGGGGAAGGCUUCACUAAACUCUCUGCAGUGGAAAACCUUUUGUCACGCAUUCCUUCUGGCAAAGAGAGCUCCAAAAUGAAAGAGCGUUCAAUCCUGACUUUGGGAUACCUGCCAGUGGGAGACGGUGACUUUCCUCAUCAGAAGAAACUGCUGCAGGGUCUGAUGGACUCUGUAGAGGCCAAACAGGUCGAGCUGCAGUUCAUUGUCGGAGAGGCGAUUACGAGUGCUGCCAUAGGUACGAGCUCAGGAGCAGCCAGAGACCCAUGGACCUGCACUGAAGAACAAUACAGCCCACCCUGCCAUGUGAAAAACAAUGACGUGGUUCCCUGGGUCCUUAAUUCCAUUCUGGCCAAAUACAUCCCCAGUCAAAACCCCCAUGUCCGACAAGCAGCCUGUAUCUGGCUUCUCUCUCUGGUGAAGAAACUGAGCCAACAUAAAGAAAUAAAGUCACAUUUGAAAGAGAUUCAAAAUGCAUUCAUCUCUGUCCUGUCAGACCCUGAUGAGUUGAGUCAGGACGUUGCAUCUAAAGGUCUGGGUUUAGUCUACGAGAUGGGAGAAGAGAAAGACCAACAGGAACUGGUGUCGACUCUUGUGGAAACUCUCAUGACCGGAAAGAGAGUGAAACACGCUGUAAGUGAAGACACGGAGGUUUUCCAAGGAGAGAAUCUGGGUAAAACACCUGAUGGUCACGGUUUGUCCACAUACAAGGAACUCUGCUCUUUAGCCAGCGACCUAAAUCAACCGGACCUUGUCUACAAGUUCAUGAAUCUGGCGAACCAUCAUGCCAUGUGGAACUCUCGCAAGGGAGCAGCCUUUGGGUUCCACAUGAUUGCAGCUAAAGCAGGAGAACAAUUGGCCCCUUUCCUUCCACAGCUCGUGCCCCGUCUCUAUCGCUACCAAUUUGACCCAAACCUCAGCAUUCGCCAGGCCAUGACCAGCAUUUGGGACGCCUUAGUCACUGAUAAAACUCUGGUGGAUAAAUACCUUAAGGAGAUUCUGCAGGAUGUUCUGUCCAAUUUGACCAGUCCCACUUGGAGAAUAAGAGAGUCCAGCUGUUUAGCCCUCAAUGAUCUGAUUCGGGGUCGACAGGCAGAUGACCUCACUGACCACCUGGCAGAAAUGUGGGAGACACUGUUCCGAGUCCUUGACGAUAUUAAGGAAUCUGUGCGCAAAGCAGCUGAUCUUACUCUGAAGACGCUUAGUAAGGUGUGUAUUCGUAUGUGUGAGUCAACUGGCUCUGGAGCUCAGAAGACUGUAUCUGUGCUGUUGCCUACUCUGCUGGAGAAAGGCAUUGUUAGCAGCGUGUCAGAAGUGCGCUCUCUCAGUAUUCAGACCCUGGUGAAGAUUAGUAAAACGGCUGGUGCCAGGUUAAAGCCUCAUGCUUCAAGACUCAUCCCCGCUCUUCUCGAGGCUCUGAGCACACUCGAGCCACAGGUCCUCAACUAUCUCAGCCUGAGAGCCACUGAACAGGAAAAGAGUGCCAUGGAUGCAGCAAGACUCAGCGCUGCCAAAUCGUCCCCAAUGAUGGAGACUGUUAAUAUGUGUCUGCAGCACCUAGAUGUUUCAGUGCUGGGGGAGCUGGUCCCCAGACUCUGUGAGCUCCUGAAGAGUGGAGUGGGGUUGGGCACCAAGGGCGGCUGUGCAAGUGUCAUAGUUUCUUUAACUGUGCAAUGUCCCCAUGACCUCACCCCUUACUCAGGUAAAUUGAUGAGUGCCCUGUUAAAUGGCAUUCAUGACAGAAGCAGUGUUAUACAAAAGACCUUUGCCUUUGCUCUUGGACAUCUUGUCAGGACAGCGAAGGACAGCAGCGUAGAGAAACUGUUGCUGAAGCUACACUCCUGGUACUUGGAGAAAGAAGAGCCAGUUUAUAAGUCGUCCUGUGCGUUGACUUUACACUCAAUCAGCCACUACAGUCCAGAUGUGCUGAAAGGCCACGCAGGAGUGGCUUUGCCUUUGGCGUUUCUGGGGAUGCACCAGGCUCCAGGUCCUGAUGAAGAAAAAGGAGAGAGCCAUGAUGCCACACUAUGGGCUGAAGUUUGGCAGGAUAAUGUACCAGGGAGUUUUGGUGGCAUCAGACUGUAUAUGACAGAGCUUAUUGCUAUAACUCAAAAGGCGCUUCAAUCCCAGUCGUGGAAGAUGAAGGCUCAGGGUGCUGCUGCCAUGGCAACUGUUGCUAAGGAACAGACGGGCUCGCUGGUAGCCCCACACCUUGGUCUGGUGCUCACCGCUCUGUUACAGGGCCUGCCGGGACGAACCUGGGCUGGAAAGGAGGAACUGUUGAAAGCGAUUGGAUCAGUCGUGUCAAAAUGCAGCUCGGAGUUAAAGAAACCCUGCCCAGGCCAGCCCACCAUCGCUGAGGUCCUUGACGUUGUGUUGAAAGAAUGCCGUAAAGAGAGUCUUGUUUACAAAAUGGCUGCUCUGCGUUGUGCUGGCGAGGUGCUCCACAGCAGCGAAGAGGACUGCUUUGAUGUGAUGGCAGAGAUACUUCUGCCUCUCAUCAAGAAGAGUUGUCCAGAAAAUCGUACCACGUCAAAAUCAUCACAGGAUGACGAUGACGACACUGACCGAAAAGAGAGAGAGCUGAAGACUGAAGUCCUGCUGUGUGCUUUUGAAACUCUAGGCAAAGUUUGGCCCAAAAACCCACAGACUCAGGCUUCUUAUCAAGUGGAAGUUUGUAAUAUAAUGUGUGAAAACCUCAAGUUGAACACAUGGAAGGUCCAGCUGGCCAUUUUAAGCUGCAUGAAGGCCUUUUUCCAAGAGUUACUGCUGUUGGAGAAAAGUAAUGAAGAUGUGAAUGCCCUGACUCAAAUACUUACAGAAACAUGUGCCGCUCUUACAUAUCCUUUAGAAAACAGAAGUUACUCUUCAGUGAGGACAGAAGCGUUGUCAGUAGUGGAUCUGAUUGUAAAAAGAACUGGAGAAAGUGAAAAAUGGGAGUGUAUGUCUGUGAAAAGCAGAGAGCAGCUGCAGCGCUCCCUGUCCACGCUGCAGUCUGACAGUCGACCUGAUCUGAGAGACAAAGCUCAGGAGCUGCGCCGCCACAUCCAGAGCCAGCCAUGAGGGGGCGCAAUUACAACUGUCAUCCAGAUCCAUCAUGUGAUACAAUUAUCGAGAUCAGGAUACUUCAUGUUAUCUGCAUGUUGUCUUUUAGCAGAGUGCUUAUUGACCAUGCACAAUAUGAACUUAUAACUUCAACGUUAUUAAAAGCAGUGAAAAUAUAUAGAUAAAAUUGGUUUGAGGAAACAUAUCCAUUUUAACCUAAUGUUUUGACUACUGUGGACUAUUGUAAUCAUGUUUUGCAAAAGGAGUAAUGGUAAAAUGGAACUGAACCAGUCACUUAAGUGAGAACAGGGUCAUAAUUCAUUUGGGAAACUUAGCCUUUGUGACUGCAAACCCAGGAUUUAAAUAAAGCAUCUUUACAAUAU